CCGCCUGCCCGCCCGCUGGAGCGGUCCUGCUUCUCCGCCGCUUUCUGGACGAGCGCAGAGUCCUUCCUUCUCGGAGCGCUGCGGGGUUAGGAGCGAUCCGGACCGGCGCCCAUGGGGACCGAGAGUGGCCGCGCCGGCAUGUUGCUGGCCCAAGCGGGCACCCUCAAUUUGCAGACGGGCAACCUGCUGAAUUGGGGCCGGCUGCGGAAGAAGUGCCCGGCGAUCCCGAGCGAGGAGCUACGGGAUUGCAUUCAGAAAACCUUAAGUGAAUGGAGUUCAAAGAUCAGCCCUGAUGUAAUGCAGGAGACGCCAGAAAUCUUGGACUGUAUGCUAGCUCAAGCAGUAGAAAAGAUCAAUCCUGAAGAAAGGGAAGAAUUGAAAGUGUCAGCAAAAUUGUUUAUUGCUGGAUCAAACAUUUCAUCAAUCAGAGAAGCAGUCAGUAUGACAUGUUCUGCCCUUGGUGUUGAGCAGUUAGAUUCUGUGAUUAUUGCACCACCUCCAACUGAAGACGGAAUUAACCUUUCUUUAGAAUAUUUACAACCUUACUGGGCAGAGCUUGAGAACUUGGUUCAAAACAAAAAGAUUGUUGCCAUAGGGACUUCUGACCUAGAUAAGGCCCUCUUGGAGCAACUGUUCUUGUGGGCACAGGUGAAGCCCAGCAGUAAUCAGGUGAAUCUUGCAUCCUGUUGUGUGAUGCCACCAGAUCUGACUGCAUUUGCAAAAGAAUUUGACAUCCAGCUCUUAACUCAUAACGAUCCUAAAGAACUACUUUGUGAAACAAGCUUCCAAGAAACUCUUCAGGAAAGUUUCCCAGACUGUCAAGUGCAUGACUGGACUCCACUGUGGCUUCUACGAUACUCAGUCAUUGUGAAGAGCAGAGGAAUUAUCAAAUCCAAAGGCUACAUCUUGCAAGCUAAAAGAAUCCCAUCAUCUUAAGAUUCAUCUUGACGGUAGCGAGAGCCUAGCUCUGCUACAUAUUGCACUGAGAUGCAAACUGGAAUUUGCAAAGACCAAACAUUUUUAUUCUCAAAUUCAUGGCAAAA